AUGAGAGAAGCAAGACUGGAAUGGUUUGGAUAUGUGCAGAGGAAGUGCAAGAGGGUGGUUAUAGAGCCACAGACGGGUAAAGAAGAAGAAAUCGGAACUGAAAUCUCAACAGUCUCUAAACUUCAAGCAGCUGUUAUUGGCGGCGGCCCAGCUGGGUCGUCAGCUGCAGAAGCUCUUGCGACCGGUGGAGUCGAAACUUUCCUCUUUGAACGCAGCCCAACUACAACCAAGCCAUGCGGCGGCGCCAUUCCACUAUGCAUGCUCAGCGAGUUCUCAAUACCUUCCCACCUCAUUGAUCGUCGUGUCACUCAGAUGAGAAUCAUUUCUCCUUCAAGCAUCGUCACCGAUCUCAGCAAAACCCUUAAACCCCACGAGUUCAUCGCCAUGCUCCGGCGAGAAGUGCUCGACUCAUUCCUCCGGCAGCGGGCUGAAUCUAGCGGCACCACUCUUCUCAAAGCCCUUGUCACCAACCUCGUGGUCCUCACAUCCACACGAGAGCCGUACGUCAUUCACUACACCAUGGAUAACUGCCAACAUCAGCUCGCCGUCGAUGACAUCAUUGGCGCCGAUGGAGCCAAUAGCCGUCUAGCUAAAUCGAUCAAUGCUGGAAAUUACACUACUGCCAUUGCUUACCAAGAGAGGAUCAAAUUACCCGAGGACAAAAUGGGGUAUUACGAAAACGUGGCUGAGAUGUACAUAGGAAAUGACGUGUCACCCGAUUUUUACGCGUGGGUAUUUCCCAAAUGCGACCACGUGGCAGUGGGGACAGGCAUGAUGUGCUCAAAACCUUAUAUCAAAUCAUUUCAGGUAUCAAAGCACGAGUCAAAUCAAAGAUCGAAGGCGGAGAAGUGA